AACGUGGUUACAGAAUUAGUCUCAUCUCUAUGCUGUUAAUAUUAGUUAAUAGUUAAUCUUGUAAAGUGCCCAUGUCGAGUUUACGUUCGUGGCUGAAAUGCAUUCUGGGUGGGUUUUUUUACCUAUUUUUAUAUCGAUUUAUUUUAUUUUUUUAUGGAGGUACGGCUCACAUGUAACAUUAUUUUUUCUUUUGGGGGGGGGGUGAGAAGGAAAAAAUACACCCACAAAAUAAUAAAUGUCAUUUAUUGACUGUCCACCCAGUUUGACGUACGGAUUAGAGAGUUGCGCGUUCACGCUACCCUGGCCAGUACAAAAUCCCGGUGCGCGCGCUCCCGGCGCGUGGGACUGGUUGAAGUGGGGCGGAAUGCAGCGGCAGUUGUCGGAGCCACGCAGAGCGAGAGAGACGCAGGCGGAGGAUCCGUGGACGGACGGGGAAAGGGGAAAAAGCCCACUCGCGUUAGUGGCACCGGCCGAGCUCUCCGCAGUCUGGAGUGUGGCGACGAAUAGACGCCUUCCUUCCCACGCGGGGGGAUUUUUUGCGUGACGAGAGCCGCUAAGCUAAGCGUCGAGGAAAAGAGAAGCCUGAAGGUUUCGCGCCAACACUGAGUACGGUUUUUGCACCGCGGACAGUUCCCACCGCCUUGUGGUCUCCCAAUUCCAGCAGAAGAAAACCAGACCCAAAGCAGGAUGCUGCCACCACCGUUCUUCACUGUAGGUUCCAGCAGUGGGCGGUGUCUGCUUCCCCGAGCGGGACUCAAUGGCUGCCAGUGUUGCCUCUUGAGACCCAAAAAUGAUCAGCUUCAUUUUUGAUCCAGCCCUCAUUGUAUCGUGUUAUUAGGCAAACUAAAUUUGGAUAAUAACACUCGGUCCAAUACCCUCUCGUUUGAGAUUUACAGGUUCCAUUAUUGAACUACAUUUGGUUCCUGUAGUCAACGUAUUCAUGGAGGGGUUUCCUGUCCACUGACUGGAGGCAAACUGUGGAUCAGCAGCCAUGUCGGCCUGCAGCACAUUCACUGAGCAUGUGUGGAAGCCGGGCGAAUGCAAGAACUGCUUUAAGCCAAAGAGUCUUCACUACACCCUGAGUGGUGGGGUCAAGCCUCGGUCUGAGCACAGACUUCCAACAUCUCAACAACAGAACCCAGCCCAUGCCGGGAAUAGAGUCAACUCAAACCUGGCCAAUAACUCCCAGAGGGCUGGCACUGGGACUGCCCGCUCAGGACACCUCCGUCCACCAGUGGCAAAGAAACCAACUAUCGCUGUUAAGCCCACUAUGAUGCUGCCAUGCUCUUUGUUAGGAUCGAGUUCUAAUGGCAAUAUGCAGAGUCCAACAAAUGUCCUUGAGCCAGGCAAAACUUCAGCUUUUAUGAUCUGGAAUCGCAAUGGACUGAACUGUAAGAGGACCAGCAGUACCAAUAAUAACAACGAAGGAGAGGUUGGCAUGGAUGAAAUUCAGAGUUAUGAGCACCUUAGUCAAAGGACCCCGGGUGGCAAAAACAACAACAGCGGACUGACUGAUGUGUUAAAAGAGAUUGCUGGGUUAAGCCCUGGACCAAGCCUAACACCUGUUUCAAAAGAUUUAUUUUGGGGCCGGAUCAAUAGCUCAUACCAAAGGUCUUUAGAAAGAGGCCUUCCAGCUGCUAGCUGUUUGGCUAUGGGAAGUUGCAUUAGUGGUGGUAGUGGUAGUACUAGUCAAAAACGUGUAUCUCUGAGUGAUAGCACUGAGAUAAUCAGCACAGAAGGUGGUCGCUUCUGCUACCCUGAAUUUUCAAGUGAAGGGGAAGAUGAUGAUGACGACGACGACGAUGAUGAUGAUGAGGAGGAAGAAGAGUCUGAUGGAGAUGAUGAGCACGAAAGCUGGGAUGAAAGUGAUGAAGAGUUACUUGCGAUGGAGAUCCGUAUGAGAGGACAGCCACGAUUUGCAAAUUUCCGUGCUGCCACCUUGUCUCCGGUGCCCUUUGCUGCAAGCAAAAAGUGGAAUACUGUUCCACUUCGUAAUCGUUCUUUACAACGGAUUUGUGCAGUGGACUACGAUGAUAGUUACGAUGAAAUUUUGAAUGGUUAUCCCUCCAUGGAUUCCACUGGAGUUAUUCCAUGUUACGGACCUCAUGACAAUCAAGGUAGUGGUUUCCUUACAAAUUCAGAGUCCACAAUUUCUCCGGGCUCAUCUUCAUCUAUUCCAGAAGAUUCUCAGACUGCAUCCAGCAGUGAGAGUAAUGUGUCGUGUGCUCAUCGAAAUGGAUUGCAAUCCCCCGCAUCUGUCAAAUCCCCUAUUCCCUGCUCUUCUCCUGUGAAAAAAGAGGCUGCUAACCGAGCACUGAGUCCCGUCAAGGUUAUGGAAACACACAAGGCUGUUUUGGCUAUCAGAUUGGAUGAUCAGGAUCAAUCAGCGUCAAUGCCGCAAGCCCUUCCAGGCCAACCAGUUACUAUCAGUUUUAGUCCCACAGAGGAGCAGGCAAAACCAUACCGUGUUGUAAAUUUGGAAAAAUCACUAAUUUGUAAACCUUACACUGUCGUGGAUGUGUCCGCUUCCAUGACCAACAAAGAUGAACAUUUAGUGGAUUUAACUUCAAAGCACAAAAAACAGACAAUGCCCUCCAGCCCAACAUCAUUUUCUAGCACUCCUGUGGGUCAACCACUGUCUCAGUCAUCAGUUUUGCCAACCUCAGCCACAUCUGUUGGUCAUCCAAAUGUUUCUCGAAGAAAAUUAGGGUGCAUGCGUUACCAAGAAGUAUGGACAUCAAGCACAAGUCCUCGUCAAAAGAUCCCCAAAGUUGAUUUGGGAAAUGGGAGCACCGCAGGCCAGUCUGUUGCUUAUCAACCAUUCAGCCACAAAUCAGCUCCUACGUCUCCAGUUUCUGGGUUGUCUUCAUCCCGAACUGUACCUGUGAAAUCCCCUAAUUUAUCAGAGAUUAAGUUCAACAGUUUCAACAAUGCAGGCAUGCCUCCUUUCCCAAUUAUCAUCCGAGAUGAGCCGGCAUACGCUCGCAGCUCCAAGAAUGCUGUUAAGGUACCAAUUGUUAUAAAUCCAAGUGCUUAUGACAACUUAGCUGUGUACAAGAGCUUCCUGGGACUCCAUGGGGAGUUGACACAGGCAAAAGGGAUUGGUAGUCGGGUGACCAGCCAUACCUACGAAGAGAUUGGGUCCUCUGAGAGUGUCCAAUCAACCUCAACAGACAAAACCCUCUCUGGCAGAGGCACAUCUGAAGGAGCAUCUUUGGAGGAAACAAAAGCUUCAGUUGAAGCAGCAAUAAAAGUACCCAAUUUACAACCUAGAACCACUACAGACCCAAGCACUGUGACAAGCACUCAUUUCAGCUCCCCGGUUGGCGCUGUUUCACCCACUACAACAACAAAUUCUGCCCUCUUUCUAGCUGAAACCCCACCUAAAAGUACCCUUUCUGCCAGUGUGGUAACACGCAAUUUUAGUCAUGAUAAACUGACGGAACAGUCUUCCUCUUCAGCGGCAGUGUUAAACCUUUCAAAGGAUGCCAGUGUUGUUCUCUCAGAGAUUGUGGCCUCUAUCCAACCUCCCCAGUCUCCUCCAGAGUCACCCUCAGCCCAAGACAAAACCUUCAGUUCUGAGGAACUUUACGCCGUUCCACCUGAUGCCAUGAAGGAGACCCUCACACGACCCAAGUCACUGUUUUCUCCAAAUGAUGGAAGUGUUCCCAAACCUGUAAAAGACACUAUCUCCAAAGUUUUGUCUAAAUCUCAGAGUGCCUCUGCUGCUGUACCCAUCUCCACAAGCCGGUCAGAGCCUAAUGCCCCUUUCCCCCCUCCCAGGUCUACAUCUUCCCCUUAUCAUGCUUCGAACAUCCUCCAGAGACAUUUUAGCAACUGGGCAAAGAGCUCUGCUUCCAGUUCCCCUUUGCGCUCCAGUGAAGGUGAAAGUCGUCUGAAUGGAGAAGGGAGGCGUAAUCAAACGGAGAGUUCAAAACCCAAGCGGUGGAUCUCAUUCAAGAGUUUUUUCCGUCGGCGGAAAGAUGAGGACGAGCAGAGAGAGAAGACAGAAAAAGAAAAGGAAAAGGGCAAGCUGGUUGGCCUGGACGGAACCGUCAUUCACAUGCUUCCACCGCCACCGAUUCAGCAGCGACACUGGUUCUCUGAGGCAAAACCAGAGGAUCCCACUCAGAAACCGACCAUUGUUUUUACCUACAAAAUGGAAACUGGCAGCACCGCAAGCGGAGAAGGAGAACUACAAGUAGAAGAAUGUAAGGAGACUGCACUACUGACACCCUGCGACGGUGAGGAGUCCAGAACUUUGAGUCCAGGGCGACAAGCACCAACAUUGGAGCCCAAUGCUGUUGCCCCUGUCAGCAACAUAAGCCAGGUACCAGUCAGUGCCAACAAUGCGGUGGCUCGCGAACUGCCCAGCAUCACUCCCCUCCCUGCCAGAGUGAAUCUGGGCCUGGUGCUUGGGGAGGGCAAAGAGGCCCACGCCAACCACGCUGCCCAGGCCCCCGAGCGCAGCGGCAGCCUCGGGGAGCCAGAGGAUGACGGGAAUCAAUCUCAUCACUCGCACUCGCCUGCAUCCAGCCAGUGCAGUGCCACCUACAGUAACCUCGGUCAAUCUAGAGCCAACAUGAUCCCACUUAAGCAACCACGCAACACAAAGGCAUCUAAUGAUACACUGGCGUCCAUUGACCUUGAGGGUCUAGCCGAGCAGCCGGUACCCAAGUCCACUCCGCCUCCCCUGCCGAAAAAGGUAGUCCCUCGCUCCAUCACAGAGCCCAGCUUGGCUGCCAAAGAACCCAUCCAGGGAACCUUUAGACCGAGGGCAGAGGCCAAACCUGGCGGCACCAACCUGAGCGUUGCCAACCCGCUUUAUGACUUGGACAACACCUGGGAGACGGCGAGUCAGAGCUCCUCAAUUAGUACCCAUGAUCAGGAGAGCUGUGACUCCCUGGAGCGGCCAUCUGUCGCUAUAAGCAAAGCCCGCCCAGCUAACAGCAUGUCUUCGUUGAUGUCACAACCGAAUGUAGCUUCUGCCGUCUCCAAAGAGAGCAAAGUCUACCCGAGCACCGAAUCUCUCACUGGGAAGAAUCGCAAAACGGGACAAGGCUCUGCCCCUCCCAAGCAUUCAAGGCCCGCUCUUUACCGCGGUCUGGACAGCUGGGACGAGGUGGUUGGCAGGAUCAGGGGCCUCCACACGGACACUCUGCGGAAGCUGACGUCCAAGUGCGAGGAUCGUUUCAUGGCUGGCCAAAAGGAUCACUUGAGAUUCGACACCGACAGCUGGUCCAACUUCAGGCUGACCACUGGGAAACCUUGCUGCGAGGCUGGGGACGCAGUUUACUACACCGCUUCGUACGCCAAGGACCCACAGGUCAACUAUGCCAUCAAGAUCUGCCGAAGCAAAGUCAAGGAGACCCGGCAGCAGUUUUUUCACAGCCUGGCCGUCAGGCAAAGCCUGGCCUUGCACUUCAACAUUCAGCAGGACUGUGGACAUUUCCUGGCUGACGUCCCAAGCAGCAUGCUCCCUUGGGAAGAGGAGGAAGAAGAGGAAGAACCGCAGGAGGAACGGGAUGAGAAGGAGAACAGAGAUGGGUUGAAAGAAAGAGACGUUAAAUCAGAAACCAAAUCGACAGAAUCCAGACAUCCAAAUGGUGAGUUAGAAGAGACCUCGGCUGGCGUUGAUAUGAGUGCCGCAGGUCGGUUGAGGAGCCGAGUGGUGGUCAUCACCCGUGAGGUCCCUUUCCAGACGGUUGCCGACUUCGUCCACCAAGGCGUGUCCCGCCACAUCCAAAACCCGGACCUGUAUGAGCGUCAGGUGUGCCUCCUGCUGCUCCAGCUCUGCUCGGGUCUGGAGCACAUGAAGCCUUAUCAUGUGACGCACUGCGACCUCCGUCUGGAGAACCUGCUGCUGGUUCAUUGCCAACCCGCCAACCCAGGAACAGCGGGCGCUGUCGAGACCAACAACAACAGCGGCUGCAAAUCUGCCAGUGACGCCAUUGCCAACUCCCCCUGCCCCGCCCGCCUCAUCAUCAGCAACUUCUCCCAAGCGAAGCAGAAGAGCGCUCUCAUGACCACCGACCCCGGGACUCUGCGAGACCAAUCUCGACUGGCCCCGGAAAUUAUCACAGCCACUCAAUUCCGAAAGUGCGACGAGUUCCAGACUGGGAUUCUCAUCUACGAGAUGCUCCACCGGCCGAAUCCCUUCGAGGAGACGCCGGAUCUGAAGGAGCGAGAAUACACCUGGGCGGACCUGCCGCCACUACCGGUCCGAUCGCUGUACUCACAGGGCCUGCAGCAGCUGGCGCGUUUAUUGCUCACCGUUAACCCUUCUGAAAGAAUCCGCAUGUCCGAGGCCCGGGCCUGUCUGCAGUGCUUGCUCUGGGGACCCCGCGAGGACUUGUUCCAGGCUCUGGGCUGCGGCAGCAACUCUGGAUCCAUGUCGUCUGCCACCUCCAGCCAGCGCCAGGCGACCCUCCAGAACUGGCUGGACUUGAAGCGUACGUUAAUGAUGAUUAAGUUCGCGGAGCGCUCCAUGGACUCUGCUCGUGGCGUAAGCUUGGAGGACUGGCUCUGCUGCCAGUAUUUGGCCUUUGCUUCCACGGAGAGCCUGAGCCGGGUAGUGCUCAUCCUGCAGCAGCCACAGAUGCAUCCCCAAUCCCAGAACCAAAACCAGUCUGUCCCCGCCGGGCAUAACCAUACUCAUUUAACGCACGCCUUCCACCGAACUCAGUCGCAGCCCCUCUGAGCUUCGCUAAUGAGUCGUUUCCAAGGCAACAACUCCCCCCUCCUCCCCUGUCUGGUCCCCACACUGAUGCUAUUGUUUGGUGUGAGCUAUUAGCAUCAUUAGCGCUUAAUGUGUAUAUGGGUAAAAUUUUGCAGAUUCAACAUCAUCAAGAAGAUGGUUUUAUAUUAAAUGAACACAAACGCUUCCCAACAUUUCCACAAUGCUAUAAAAGUAAUCGAGUAAGAUUUGGGCAAUUAGCAAUGGAGUUGCUCGGAUUUACACAGGUUCAAAAGUAGUCAUUUGGCUUUAUAAGAGGCCAAAAUAAAUGCAGGUUUUCGUCUUGAAAAUUAAGAGGUUUUACAAAAAUGCGGCUGUUACCAUUUCUUCUCCAAUAAUUUCCUUUUUUCAACUUGGACAAAACGGUCAUAUCUCGAUUGCUUCAUAUCCAAUGGGUGAGUAGAGCUUUUACGGCACCUUUAUGGCAUUUUCUCGAGCUGACAUUUAUUUUUUACCAUUUUAAUUUUGAAUAAAAUUGUCUGGUUAAAAAAAAAUUGGCGGGAUUACUGAAAAACAUUUGCCUACAGAAUAAAUGAAUAAUUCAAUUUCAAGACAGAUGAAGGGAGAGCGACUAUUUAACCGUGAGCUAAAUGGUAAUAAAUAAAAUGAAAAAUACGAUCCAUCAUUUGUUGGUGUUGAGGAAGCCAAAGAGCUGCCACAAAUUGUCCACUUACACAGUGACAAGAAGGCAUUACAAGACUGAAGUUUACGAUUUUGUCCGAGACGAGCGAGUGAUUUAUUAGCGACGUGAAGCUUUUGUUUUAGUGCUUUUUAAAAAAAAAAAAAAAAAUGUCAACACGAUGAAAUCCUCACAGUUGUUGUAACAUAUUUUAAAACAUUUGUGCAGGCGAUUGACAGUCGUCAAAGAACGUUUACUCAGUUGUUGUAAAAACGGGACAUGACUGCCCGAGCUGUUGUUUUGGCCUCUUGUUGCAGAUUCUUUGGAUUCUUACAAUAGUUUAGUUGCACAUAAUUUCAGAAUUCUCACUGUGGACAAACAAAAGGGAUUUUUUUUUUCCUGGACUAGACUGCAAAACUUGUUUUCACCAGGUUGUUUUGGGAAAGGUUCGGCAGCAUAGGCGCUGAGCCAGCGGUGCUCGGAUGUUCCAUCUCAUGGGCUCGGAGUUUAAUAGGCGGCAUGUAGAAUGUAAAAAAAAAAAUAAUAAUAAUAAUAAAUAAAAUAAAAUGGCGGACUGAGGUUCGGACAUUUCAACCGAUGAACCACUUGUUUCCAUUCCACAAGGACGCCUGAUCGCGCUCAUACUUGCCCAACGACUGUGAGUGGAGAACCUUACGGUGCCUGUGGACCAUACCGUGUUUGAUCUGGCCUGCCGUGCAGUUCAAAUAGAAAUAAAACAGGAACAUUUAUUUAAAAAAAAAAAAAAAGCCCCAAAACACUAUAUCCGGGAUCCCUCAUAAUAUAAUCAAUAUAUUUUUUUUUUGUCCUGACCCUCAGAGGACUUCACCACCACUGACUUUGCGUCAACUCGCACAUACAUGGGUUCACACUUGUGGUUAGCAUGCCUUUUAUUCAACUCGACUCAGUGUAAUUUUUUUUUUUUUUGCACAUCAAAAAAAAAAAGUAAUCUGACAUCAAAACUGACAUUAACAAAACACUUUUAUUAUUCUGCUUUGUUUUCUUUUGGUGGGAUAAAAGUUUUUCCUUCAGGGGGAAUGUUAUUUUUGCUGAAUGGAUGGACGGGGGGGGACACACAACAGGUGUGCAAAGGAUUGGUGUACUGAAGAAUGUCUGGAGAGCACUGGUGGCUAUCCUUGUAUCUAGAGAGUUAAGCCUAAAUAUAUAUAUAUAUAUAUAUAUAUAUAUAUAUAUAUAUUAAAAAAAAUCUAUUUUAAUCCGCUAUUUUGUUGAGCACCUAAAUAACAUUUUAACCUUCGGUGAAACUUCAGUGUUGUAAGAGUAAAGCCCAUUCAAAUGCAGUUGGCUGUGCAAAGUGAACACGUCUCUGUUAAAAUAUUGAUGUUAAAAAAAAUAAACAACAUGAAACCAUGAACAUUAUUUUUAAUAAGUGUAACUACUAUUAAAUACAGCAUCCCUUCACUGAUCCUGAAUUCUCUCAGCUGCCUGAGGUCCCUUCACUAAGGUUCUGUUUGCAAGUCUUGGAAGGGAUGCCCCUUUUUUUUUUCAUUUUUAUUUUUUUUUAAAAUACAUAUUCCGUCAUAGUGUCAGCAAAUGCCUCCUGAUGCCGGUGCAAGGCUACAGGGAUCUCUCACUACACAUGUGCCUGUCAGUGCGCAGAAAAUAUAUUGACACCUUGUCAAGUUUUCUGUUUUCAAUUUUUUCCCUCCCCUCAGGUGCUGUC